UUUUCCAGGCUUUUUGACUCUAAAAGAAAUGCGCUUCCCCUCCCUCCAGAUGACAAGGAUUCUAGAAUAAGGAAACGUCCCCCACCCUAGCCCUGAGAUGACAAGCCACGUACUCACGGGCUCUGUGAGCCCCACUCUGCCAGCACAGGGUAUGGUUUAUGCCCACUGGACUGCUCUCUCCCACACAGUUGCUGGGCCUGUCUGGUGUCCUGGGAUUAUCAGACGAGGUGAAUAGACCCCAGAGAGUGAGGAAGAGCUGGCCUCAGGUUCAGCGGUCCCUAGUGAGGGCUUCCUGGUGGGAAAUCCUUCUUCAUGGCUGCCUGUAGGUCUGUGUCCUGAAGGCCCUUCAUGGCCUGGAGUUACAGCCAGAACCUCUCUGCGCAGGCGCCGUUCAUCCUGUUGGGUUUCCCUGGGCCGCGGAGCCUGCACGUCGGGCUCUUCCUGCUCUUCCUGGUCAUGUAUGUGCUCACAAUGGCCGGGAACCUGGCCAUCAUCUCCCUGGUCGGGGCUCACCGGCGGCUCCAAACACCCAUGUACUUCUUCCUCUGCAACCUCUCCUUCCUGGAGAUCUGGUUCACCACGGCCUGCGUGCCCAAGACCCUGGCCACCUUCGCCUCCCAGAGCGGAGCCAUCUCGUUCGCUGGCUGCGCGGUGCAGAUGUACUUCGUCUUCUCCCUGGGCUGCACCGAGUACUUCCUGCUGGCCGUCAUGGCCUAUGACCGCUACUUGGCCAUCUGCUUGCCGCUGCGCUAUGGCAGCAUCAUGACGCCUGGCCUCUCUGUGCGGUUGGCCCUGGGCUCCUGGCUAUGCGGCUUCUCCGCCAUCACGGUGCCUGCCGUCCUCAUCACACGCCUCUCCUUCUGCAGUUCGCGCGUCAUCAAUCACUUCUUCUGUGACAUCGCACCCUGGAUAGUGCUGUCCUGCACCGACACACGGAUGGUGGAGCUGGCGUCCUUCGGAAUCGCCUUCUGUGUCAUCCUGGGGUCCUGCUUUAUCACGCUGGUCUCCUACGCCUACAUCAUUGCCACCAUCGUGAGGAUCCCUUCGGCGCAGGGCCGGCACCGGGCCUUCUCCACCUGCUCGUCACAUCUCACUGUCGUGCUCAUUUGGUACGGCUCCACCAUCUUUCUGCACGUGAGGACUUCGGUGGAGAGCUCACUGGACCUGACCAAGGGCAUCACAGUGCUCAACACCAUUGUCACCCCGGUGCUGAACCCUUUCAUAUACACCCUGAGGAACAAGGACGUGAAAGAAGCUCUUCGGAGGACAGUCCAGGGCAAGUGAGCUAGGGAGGACAUUGUAGCCCACUGGCUCCUACCCUGGCCAGGUGGCAGUUUUUUAUUCAUCUCAAAGGCCUUUUUAAGGGAGGCUUGCCCUCGGAUUCCAGGCACAGUUUCUGGGGACAUGUGGCCCCCAGGAAGUGCCUCCUUGUGGUACUGGCUGUGCCCCCUGUAGUUGCAGACACCAACUGCUCACCAAGCACUAGGCACUGAGGCAGCCUGUGGA